AAUAAAGCUAUUAUCUAGCCGUUAAAUAUCUGCCCUUAUCGCGCGCCACUGCGCACUAUUAUCUAAUUGGCAAGCAAUUUAUUUUUUUCUGUUUCACUGUUGAACCUGUAGAUAGUAGUAGUUCUGUAUUUCGCACAAUUUCUGUCGAUAUGUUGUGGAUCAUUCUUGCGCCGAUUUUACUGUACAUAAUAAUCGAAUUAUUCACUUUCGCGACAAACGCCAGAUGUACGUCGAAAGUAUGUUUGAUCGGGAAAACUGCCCUUAUAAUUGGCGGAAAUACGGGUCUCGGAUAUGAACUAGCAAAAGCUCUGGCGACCAGAGGAUGCACAGUGAUCAUUGCAGACUAUGAAAAAGCUACCGAAUCCGCCAGACAAAUCAUAGAAGAAACACAUAAUCCCAACAUAAUAGCGAAGCAUGUGGAUUUGAGGUCGUUUAAGUCUGUGCGAAAAUUCGCCAAAGACAUCGUGACAAGUUUCGACGCGAUUCACAUCUUAAUGAAUAACGCGGGGAUAGGUGACAUAACUUAUGAGAUGACCGAAGAUGGCGUGCAGACGAUUAUGCAGAUUAAUUAUUUCUCGCACUUCCUUCUGACGCAUCUUUUGGCAGGUUUGCUGAUAAAAUCCGCUCCGUCGAGAAUUAUUUUCACAAGUUCGAUAGCGGCAUAUAAUGCCAACUUGACCAUCGAAAAUCUUAAGGGAGAACGACCGGAAGCAAGUGGAAUUAUGGAAUCCGCAGCGUACGGAAAUUCCAAACUGGCACUGGCAAUAUUUUCUCGAAGCCUGGCAAAAAAAUUAGAAAAUACUGGCGUCACCUCGAACUGUUUGCACCCUGGAUUCGUAAAGACAAAAAUAUGGCAGGGAAUUCGUGAAGUGGGUCCAAAGAUUAGGUUUUAUUCCUGGUUUGCGUAUAAUGUUCUUUUUGGAAAAAACGCUGAGGAAGGCGUGCAAACCAUGCUUCAUCUGUGCUGCAGUGAUGACGUGAAAAACGUAUCCGGCAAGUUCUUUUUCGAGUGCGUGCCAUCUUGGCAACCGAAAAAGGUCCACGACGAAAAACUUCGUGCCGAUAUUUGGAAAUUAAGCGAGGAAGUUGUCCAGCUUAAACCGGAUGAAAAACUCGAUUGCGUGUUAAAAAGUAUAAAAUUUUAAUAAAUUGUUUUUCAAAUGUAUGUAGUACCAAAUUGUUGAAAUUUUCUUAAUUAUAGUCCAAAGUCUUUCUUGA